AUGAGACACAUUCUUUUGUUUUCAUUCUACAAAACUUGGUCUUUCUUUCCAAGUGGCAUAAAGUCAGCAUUUGGUAAAGAAAAAGAAAUACCAAAAGCUAUGUAUAUCCAAAUACUGUUAUCUAUUUUCUUACUCUUCAACUUGAUUAUUCCAAAUGCAUCCUCUUUGUCCUUUAAUUUCACUCGUUUUGAUCCUGAUGACAAGACCAUAAUCUAUAACGGAUCAGCAACUCCAGCAUCAUCAAGUAUUCAACUUACAAUAAACCAACGACGCAAGCAAUUGAAUAGAAGUAUUGGUAGAGCCACAUAUUUCCAACCAAUUUUUCUAUGGAACAAAACCACAAACAAUCUCACUGAUUUCACUUCUCAUUUCACUUUUACCAUAGAUUCACAGAAUAGGCCAGAUUAUGGUGAUGGAAUUGCAUUCUUUCUUGUCCCUUAUGGUUCAGAGAUGCCUAAUGCAACACAAGGAGGAACUAUGGGCCUAACACUUGAUAACCAACCAUUGAACUCAACUGAUAAUCCAUUUGUUGCUGUGGAGUUUGAUAUCUUUACCAAUGACUGGGAUCCACAUCCAGCACAUGAGCAUGCCGGAAUCGACAUCAACUCGAUGAAAUCUGUUGUUAAUGCAACAUGGAUGGCUGAUAUAAAGAAUGGUAGACUUUAUGAGGCUUGGAUCAAUUACAAUGCUUGUUCACUAAAUCUAAGUAUUAUAUUCACUGGUUUCAGUAAUAUAACAUCUUCCACCAUUGUGAACCAAUCUUUAUCUGCCAUAGUUGAUCUCAGACUUUAUCUGCCAGAAUUUGUUACUAUUGGCUUCUCAGCUGCCACAGGAAGUUCAUAUGCUAUUCAUAGUAUAUCUUCAUGGGAUUUUAGCUCAACUUUGGAAGUAGGACAUGUGAGAUAA